AGCGACCGGAUAAGGUACCGCGCCUCGGACUGACGACACGCUACAAACAUGCCCUUGAUGAAGUUUAUCUUCUUCGUCAUGACCUGAGCAAAGAAGGCUAUCCAAAACUUUUCCCCUGCCCUGUUCGUUUACCACCAUGGCUUCUCGCUGGAGACACUGGGAUGCCGGGUGCCAUGACAGCCUCCAGACUGUUCUACAGUUUCAGUCCUUACAACAGUCCUCAGAAACAGACGGGUCAGCAAGUGGACUGGACAGCAGUGAUGAGGAACUACAGGCGGUCCCAACACCAGGUUUGGGGAGGGGCAUCACCAGACCUCCAGCUGCAUCCAUAAGACUUCCCCCAAACCUGGCCUACCCAGAGCCAAGGAAAACAGUAGAGAACCAUGUGGCGCCCCUGCCAUUGAGCUACCCAGCAUCCUCUUCUUCAUCUCUUAACUGUCCAUUGGCCAAUCAGUUUGAGGAUGACUGGAGAAUUCAGGAAACCAAGCAGAAGUUAUGUAGGGUUGGUGUUGGGCGGGGAAGGGGGAGAGUCAGAUCAGAGGUACUCGGCAAAACUCCAGGCAAAGCAACUGACAACGGCUACGUCUUCAGUGGCUCAGCAGGUGACUUCAGGGCUUACACAAAACAGUCAUUGCUGAAACAACUGCCCAGCCACAAUGCAGACAAGAAUGACAAUGGCAAGGAAAGGGAGUCAGAAACACAGACUCAAUCUCAGAGUGCGACUGUAGGACUGCAACCGACAAGACGCCUGUGGAUUCCAGAUCCCAAGAAAAGGUGGAGAAGAGAGAAGAUCGUGGAACCUGACGAUGUUGAGCAAUGGCCACACCUGCCAUCAAAUGGUUCUAGCAGAAGUAAGAAUUCUGGUAGGAAGAGGAAAGGAAAAGCAGACGACUUGUCUCCACCAGGGGCGUCCCCCGAUGAGAGGAGCAGCCCCAAAACUGAUGAUCAGAAAACACUGGAGAAACAGCACAGCAGGAAGAAUGAACUCCAAGAUAAAGGGAAGGAGAAAGAAGUGGUGAAGACGGCACCAGAUCUAAGUCCUGCAGAAUUGGGUGCAGUUUUGGGUGCAGCAGACUGGAUACGGUUAGGCAACCUGCCUCCUGGUGUGACGUCGCAGGAGGUUUGUGGGAUACUUGAGCCGUUUGGUGCAAUAGUGGAGUGCCAUGUUCAUCGCCAUGCCGACCAUAGCUCGGCACUAGUCAGACUUGCUGAUUCUGAUGUAUGUGAAUGGUGUGUCAGCUGUCUCAAUGAAACUGAAUCACCCUUUCCAGGCUGGCAAGGUCCACUCUUCUGCAGUCAUGUGAGGAGUGGAGACUAGGAGGUGCAGUGGAAAUAAUGGGGAAAAUAUUUCACUGUUCUCUUCCCAAAUGCUAGAGGAGCUAGUCUUCCUAACAUUCCUCUCAGCCACUUAGUAAUUUCCAAGCAAAUCCAUUUUUUGUGGCCUUUCCCUAUUCCAAUGUGCCUUUCUUAAGUUGUCACUCAGUGUCAGUUCUGUCCACUGUGAUUGCAUCUCCUAAAGGUAUGAGUUUCCAGAUCACCUUUGGGCUCAUUGAAGUUACGGUAGUAGCAUUUCUGGACAGUGGGCUGAGUUUUGAUGCUUGUUGCAUUUUAAAGUCUGUGAUGUUAGUGGGGACUAGCCU